GUGGCUAAAAAGAAUCGGCAAUAAGAUUUUGUUCACUCGAUGAGAAAUGCCCUUCUACAGCGCAUCCAUUAAACGUGUGUUGGACAAUUGGCCGGGUAAAAAACGUUUUGGCAUAUAUAGAUUUUUACCACUCUUCUUCUUCCUUGGUGCGGGUUUGGAGUUUUCGAUGAUAAAUUGGACUGUGGGAGAAACCAACUUUUAUCGAACAUUUAAAAGACGACAAGCCAAAAAUUUGGUUGAAGAUAAAUUACAUUCGAUUCAACAGCAGUCAUCAAAGGAAACCGUUUAACUUUGAAGCUAUAGCACAAUGCCUGCUGGAGUUGGUUGGGGUCAGUAUAUAAAAUUCUUUACUUGUGCUAUGCUUUCCAUGAUGGCAGGCUCCCAAUUGGUUCACUACUAUUACAAGCCAUUACAAGAUCUAGACGUUUAUAUUGACAAUGAGAUGAAAAAUAUUGGCAGUGCAGAGAAAGACAAAAUAAAAAUAGCAACAAGUUAAAAUUUCACAUUAUUUUCCUGUCUUUUAUUCAAAAUUAUAAAAUAAAUUAUAUAUACAAUAAGUAGUUUAUGAUUAUAUUACAUUGAGUAUAAGAAAUGGCAAAAUAAAAUAAAAUCUGAUGAGAGGAAUUACUUCCUUGCCGUAAUGCAUAAUAUAUCGUACAUCUAUUA